UCUUCAGCCUGCCUCAGCCAUGGCGCAGGGCCAGGAGGGCAGUGACCCCAUCGGAUCCAUCCUAAUCCAGGUCCAUGAGGACCUUCAUCAACUAAAGGAGAAAUUAACACAAUUCUCAGCUGAGAACACAAGAGACCCGCUAGACAUUCAGAAUCUAGAGACAGCAAUCCAGAGGACUGAAAUGGGGUUAAAAACUCACAUCGAGAAGUAUCUAGACGUUGUGAACCACCAGGUGUUAGUGGCCCCUAUGGACGAACGCUUACACUCCUCUAUGACUUCCGGAUGGUUGGUUCCAACUGAAAUUGACCAGAAAUCCUUUAUUUUCCCCACGGAGUCUGAGGGUAAACUUUGGCAACUUCAAAAACAUCGUGGCACAUUUUCACAUGGCCUUACAAGAGCAAAGCCAAAGACGGAGCUGAAUGUGAAGAUCAUGCAGGACCCUGAGAAUGCGCAGCACAGGGCUGCGGUGAGUGUGAGCUAUGGCAUCAGCUUGCCACACAUUAAUCAGAGGAAAGCCCAAGAGAAGGCUCAGCGAUUAGUAAAAGGGUCCACGAUAUCCAGCCUCACAGUCUUGCCAUCUUCUCGUCGCACUGAUCCCCAUUUUAUUCCCAUACCCAUCUUGCAAAAGGAUGCCAGUAAAGGGAUCUUAAGUAUGAUCGAACGAGGGCUGAUUCCCCCAACAGCAAGGAUUACCUUUCAGAAUCCACCCAUCAAACCCCAAGCAAUUCCUCUGCAUAGUUUUAAUGAGCCGCGGAAGAUUCUAAUACAAGGGCCCUUUGCUCCAGCUUACAAGCCACACCAGGUGUCAGAAGAUAAGGAGCCUCACAAGAAACCGAAAACCAAGGGGAAAGGCAAAAGGUCAAGAGGACAUGCCAAUAGGAAGGUCAUGAAAAGUACUACACCGUCUAAGACUUUGAAAUCACCGUGGGAUUAUGACUUUUUUAUUUAUAAUGGCACCAUAGACAAGACAGCCCCAGACUUCUUAGCAUUUAAGGCACAUUAUAGCUUAGCCUGGGGGAGUAUUUUUUCUCUCCUGGAACAGAUUGAGAAGUUUCUCAAGGACUAUGCAAUAUCAGAAGCCAAAGUAAAAGGAAAGAGCUUGGUGUCCCUGCUUCCAGAAUUUGAGCUGAAGAAUAAACUUACCAAAAAUGAUGUGCUUUUAGUUUUAGAGAACCCAUCUCACAUCCAAAUGCUGCUAAACCUUCCAGGACAGAGGUUCAAGGGCCGAGAUGGAGUCAGAGAGGCUGCCUCCAAGAUCCAAGCCACCUGGAAAAGUUUUAAGGCAAGACAAUUCUUCAUUACUUAUCGCCAGAGGAGGUGGGCCUCAGGUGUGAUCGCCCUUGCAUGGCUUUUACAUUGCCACAAGACAAGACUAAAGAAGAUACUGAAGGAAUCUCGUCAGAGACACCUGGAGAAUUUCCGCAUCCGAGCCAAGCAUCUGGCAGCCAACUGGAGUCGCAUCAGGACCUCCAGGAGGACUAUUAUCCAUAUCCCAUCAUUAGGAUAUUCCCAGUCUCUGCGAAAAUGCAUUGAAGAUUUGGACAUAGACCAGAACAUGCAGCUGGGGAGGCUGUGUGACAUCCUAGAUGACAACGUCUCUGUCAUCUACAUCUGCUCCCAUCCCAUGACUGAUGAGUUAAAGCUGUACUACAAAAGACUCCUGAGUCUACAAGCAGCUGUCAAAUCGGGGUACUAUGAGGAUAGGAGUGACCUGCAGAACAGGAUCAAAAUUAUCACCCCUGAAGCUGUAAACAUCUUCACUAAGCAUCAGAUGUGCCUGGCCACUCACCUGAAGUACAGUCCCAAGACAAUCAAAAGAAUAAAGAAUCUCAUCCAAGGAAAAGAGGCCUACAUCGUGGGUGGGAUCCUCCACGGAGACGAUUUAGCUGUGGCUGAUAUGCUAAAUGUACCCAUCCUGGGCUCGGAGCCUGAGCUGGUUCACCUGUACAGUUCCAAGUCUGGAAGUAAACGGAUCUUUGACAAUGCUAACGUGCCAAUGCCUCCUGGAAUAUAUGACAUCUAUACGUACCAACAGAUGACAGAACAGUUGAGCCAGUUGCUGAUUGAUCACCUGGGAAUCCGACGCUGGGUCUUUAAAAUGAACAUGGAAUUUGGAGGAAAUGGGACAGCCUUCUGUGACAUUCCUUCCCAUCUACAGUGCUACAAAUGGGUGCUAAAGGAGAGUAACAAAUACGGCCAUGAAGAUUGGAAGAAGAAGUGGGCACAAGAGCCAGCGCUGGUGAAGAUCUCCGAGGAGCUGGCGGGCAUUUUAGCACAGCACGUACAGCCAGUCAAUGAGAAACGGUUCCCGACGUGGAGGAAAUUCCUCCAAAUGUUUCUCACUCAAGGUGGCGUGAUUGAAGCAUACCCACCUGCAGACAGUGUCACCAACCUCACCGUAGACAUGUUGAUAGAGCCUGAUGGAGGAGUCAGAGUGCUGUCAAUGGGGGACCAGUUUCAUGCUGAUGGCCCCUUUAUUUCUUCUGGUACCACCAUGCCUCAGACCUCAGUGGAUCCCCAAGUUCUCAGCUCUUUGUGCCUCCAAAUUGGAAAUGCCUGCAAAAAGAAAAAAGUGGUUGGUUAUUUUUCUAUAGAUCUGGUGACUUUUAUUGAUCCAAGCACCUUAGAGCAGCAGGUAUGGACAACAGGCCUCAACCUCUCCUACAGUGACCAGCUAGCCAUGACUCAGCUCACCCUGUACCUGACUAAUGGCCAUCUGGAUUGUAGUCUGAGCACCCUGGAAGUGCCCCGUUUUGAUCAAGAUCGAGGAAAGAAAAAGAAGCGGCUUAGUAUCCAGGCUGAGCUGGCAUCAGAAACCAGUCGCUACGCAGUGAUGACCACCCAGCUGAAGCACCACAAUCUCUCGCUGGUCUUCUACUAUGUCUUUCUCCAGAUUUGUAAGGCCCAUGGCAUUGGCUAUGACCUCGAGGACAGACAAGGAACUGUUUUUAUACUAUAUGAAACUCUGAAAAGAUACAAAUUGGGCAUGUUAACAAUCGGUGUGGAUCUCCAGGGGGUCCUCAUGACCUUUGCUCGCAAUCUCUUCAUCAUCCAUCAAGAAAUAUCAGCACCUAAUAUGCAAGGCGAGACCAAUUUUAAGGCUACCAUUGCUGAUAUUGAAACCAUUUUAGGAGUAACAGAGGAAAAUAAAAUGCGAUUUGAAGGAGAAAAACAGACCAAAGGAAAUGCGGAUAGGCUGUAUGACCCUGCUGAGAUGCACAUAGAUGCAAUGUGA